CUAGCGCCCCCAGCCGGGACUCAGCUGUACCGCGCGCCGCAGCUGGAUUGUGCGCCACACAGCUGGACCGCGCGCCACAGCUGGUCAGCCAUGGAGACAAGAGCGCGGCGGCGCCCGCACCUUUUCCCGCUACUGCCGCUGCUGCUGCUGCUCUGCGGGGAGUGUCCCCCAGUGGGCGGCUGCAAUGAGAAGCGCAUGCUGGCCAUGCUGCCCCACUGCGGUCAGACCUUUGCUGAAAGGAUGAAGAAGGUGGAGGUCUGGAAGUGGUGCAACUUGUCGGAGUUCAUCGUGUACUAUGAGAGCUUCACCAACUGCACCGAGGUGGAGACCAACGUGGUGGGCUGCUACUGGCCCAACCCCUUGGCGGAGAGCUUCAUCGCUGGGGUCCACAGGCGGUUCUUCCAGAACUGCUCCGUGGACAGGCAACACUGGCAGGACCCCCCAGACGAAAUUCUCAUCCCGCUCAUCGCAGUGCCCAUCCUGCUGACCAUCGCUAUGACCGGCGUGGUGGUGUGGCGCAGCAAACGCACCGACCAGGUGGUGUGAGGGCCCGGUGAGUCCGAGGGGCCCCGCCUGAAGAAGCGGAAGAAAGUGGAGACCGGUGGACACUCUUCGGCUGCCCCCCACCCUGCCUGGGCGGCCUUUGGGCUAGUGAAAGAAAACGUGCCGCGGCUGGAGCCUGCGUGCUGGGCACAAGUCACUGCUGCUUCGCCGCGCUGUCCCAGGCUGGGCUGGGGCCUCGGGGUUCCUAGCACUGAGUCCCGUGGUGCCCCAUCUACAGUCCCGGCCAGACCCUGCCUCCCAACUGACUCUACCCCUGGCCCCAGCCCAGCCCUGACUCCACCCCUUGGCUCUGACUCCACCUCUGGCCCUGACCCCACCUCCAGCCCUGGCCCAACGCCCAGUCCUGACCCCACCCCCGGUCCUGGCCCCACCUCCCACUCUGACUCCACCCCCAGC